AUGGAAGGUGAUAGUCAUCAUUAUGUUUGGAUUAAAAAUUUAUCAAGACUUGUACGCUCACAACUAACUAAACAUAAAUCGAUGAUUCAUUUAUGUAAUACUUGUUUAUUAUGUUUUUACAAUGAACAAGAUCUUCUAUUACAUAAACCAGAGUGCAACAGAGUAAUAACAAGUUUACCUUCAAACGAAAGACAAAUAAUUAAAUUUGAAAAAUAUGAAAGACAACUAGAUAUACCAUUUGUAGUAUAUGCAGACUUUGAAUGUGUGUUGCAGAAUAUUAGCAGUUGCUCACCAAAUCCAACUAUAUCAUCAACUGAAGAUAUACAAAUUCAUGUUCCAUGCUCAUACGUAACAUUAAGUCUUCGUUUGAUGACGAUAUUAAUAUUUUCCGAAUGGAUACGGGGUUGGAUUGUAUCGAUAAAUUUUAAACAUAUUGUGUUAGGACAAAAUGAAACAUUCGAAAUAAGAUUCUUGGAUUCGUUUAGAUUUAUGAGUUCAAGUUUGGAUACCCUAUCAUCAUGUUUAACUGACAAUGAUCUAAUUUCGGUACGAAAAACGUUUAUAUCUGAUGACUAUUUUAAAUUAGCUAGAAAAAAAGGGAUAUUUCCAUAUGAAUAUUUAAAUUCAUUUGAAAUAUUAGAUGAAACUGCAUUACCCGAACAAAAAUAUUUUAACAAUAAAUUUUCUGAUAGUAUUUGUUCUGAUGAAGACUAUGGAUUUGCUAAAACUGUAUGGGAAAAAUUUAGAUACCCCUGUCAUUAUUAUACAGCACCCGGUUUAUCUUGGGAUGCUAUGCUGAAAAAAAUAAAAGUUGAGUUAGUUAGACUUUUAAAUGAUAUUAAUAUGUAUAAUUUCAUAAAAAAAGGUAUCAGAGGGGGUAUUACACAAUGCAGUUUAAGACAUUCUAUAGUAAAUAAUAAGUAUACUGAUAAUUUUGAUAAUAACCAACCAUCGUAUUAUAUAACAUACUUUGAUGUUAAUAAUUUGUAUGGAUGGGCAAUGUCUCACCCUUUACCUUUAGCUAAUUUUAAAUGGUGUGAUGAUAUCAACAGUAUUAAAGUAGAAAAUAUUUUAGAUAAUUCUCCUAAAGGUUAUAUUUUAGAAGUAGAUUUAGAAUAUCCAAGUUCCAAGCAUAAUACACAUAAUGACUUACCGUUUUGUGCAGAAAAUAAAAGGAUUAAUAAUAUGAAAUGUUCGAAAUUAAUCUGUGAUUUAAAUAAUAAAGAACGCUAUAUAAUACAUUACAAGAAUUUAAAACAUUGUUUAGAACACGGAUUAAUAUUGAAAAAAAUUCAUAGAAUCUUAGAGUUUGAUCAAAGUUGUUGGUUGAAACCAUAUAUUGAAAUGAACAAUUCCUACAGAACAAACGCUAAAAACGAUUUUGAAAAAUUUUUUUUUAAAUUAUUAAAUAAUGCUGUAUACGGUAAAACAAUGGAAAACAUUGAUAAAAGAAGAGACGUAAAAAUUGUUACCAGUUGGGAAAGCAAUAGGAAACAUUUAGGUGCACGUGAUCUAAUAGCAAAACCCAAUUUUCAUAGCAUCACUCAUUUUACGAAUGAAAUGGCUGCAAUUGAAAUGAAAAGGGUAAAUGUUUAUUACAAUAAACCGAUUUAUGUUGGUUUUACUGUUUUAGAAAUUUCCAAAUGGAAAAUUGAUAUAAAAGAUGAUAUAGAUACACAGUUUGAUACUUCUGGUUUCCCUGAAAACAACACUUAUAAUAUCCCUUUAAAAAAUAAAAAGGUUCUCGGUAUGAUGAAAGAUGAAUGCGAUGGUAAUAUUAUUAAAGAAUUUGUAGGACUUAGAGCAAAAAUAAGUAAGAAUCAUACUUUAUACACUCAAGCUUUGAAUAAAGUCACAUUAACUUAUUUGGAUGAUAAAAGAUUUAUAAAAAAAAACAAUAUUGAAACUCUAGCUUGGGGUCACUUUUCCAUAGAAUAA